CUGCCUACCUGGUGACCCUCUCUUGUCAAACAAGCAAACCAAAAAAGAAUCAGUUUUCUCCGAAGAGAAGAUAUUUUGGUGGAAAAACACUGAAUCAACGGUCAAACAAUAAAUACCCAUGAUUGAAGUUGGAGUCUUUGUGCAAGAGGAACAACCAUGGAGCAAAGUUGGUGGGCCAAUAUGCCUCGCGAGCUUCUCAGAGAGGUCCUCCUCCGAAUUGAGUCGUCGGAGGCCACGUGGCCGUCGCGGAGGAGCGUGGUGGCUUGUGGCGGAGUGUGUCGCACCUGGAGGCUCAUUGUCAAGGAGAUUGUCAAGCCUCCUCAACUCUCUUCCAACAUAACCUUCCCCAUCUCUCUCAAACAGCCUGGCCCGAGGGAACAUCUACUUCAGUGCUUCAUUAGGCGCAACAGUGCCACACAGACAUAUUAUCUGUUUCUCAGUUUAUCUAGUGCACUAAUAGCUGAUGAUGGGAAGUUCCUUCUUGCUGCACGCAAGUUCAGACGCCCUACCUGCAUAGAUUAUAUUAUCUCCCUAGAUGCAGAUGAUAUGUCCAGAGAAAGCAAUGCCUAUGUUGGGAAAUUGAGAUCAAAUUUUUUGGGAACCAAGUUUACAAUCUACGAUAUCCCGCUGCCUCAUGUUGGGGCAAAGAUGACAAAAAGUUGCUUCACUAAGCUGGUGAAUCCAAAACAAGUUUCACCUAGGGUCCCUACAGGCAACUAUCCAGUUGCUCACAUCUCAUAUGAACUGAAUGUACUAGGCUCCAGGGGGCCAAGGAGAAUGCAUUGUGUCAUGGAUACCAUUCCUGCUUCUGCUAUUGAACCAGGAGGGGCAGCCGUAGCCCCUUCACAGACUGAUUUUUCUGUUAGUAACAUAGAUACUUCAUUCCCAUUUUUUCAGACAAACUCAACUAGUCUGGAAAACUCCAUAUCUGGAGACCAGAGAAAUAAAAAAGAUGAUGUGCUAGUGUUGAGAAACAAGGCUGCCAGGUGGCAUGAGCAGCUGGAGUGUUGGUGCUUAAACUUUCAUGGGCGAGUGACAAUUGCUUCGGUUAAAAACUUUCAGCUGGCUGUUUCACCAGAAAAUGGACAUGCUGGACCACAAGAGGAUGAGGUCAUCCUCCAAUUUGGAAAAGUUGGGAAGGACUUGUUUACAAUGGAUUACCGGUACCCUAUCUCAGCAUUUCAAGCAUUUGCAAUCUGCCUCAGCAGUUUCGCUACCACAGUUGCUUGCGAAUGAUACAUGUUUGAAGCAUCUUUGGACAGCGUGGCCUUUAGCUGUAUGGUGUGAUGUGAUGAUGACUUGGUGGGAAGAAUCUGACGAAAACCGUUUCCAAAGGUAAUUGGAAAUUUGGAUAAUCAUCAUCUGAAUUAGAAGGACGGUGCUGCGGAUAUAUGGGGGUUCUGUUUGUUUUUCUGAGAUCAUUUUUGACUUCAGGGAAUAUCAGACGAAAGUGGAAAGUAACCUGCGAAGCAACUUCUGUCACAUCUCCUUAUAUUUGUAUCUAGCACUCUAUUGUGUGCUUAUAUAUUUUAAUUCUUUCAUAGCUUUGCUUUGUUUUUCAUUUGUAUCCAGUUUAGUUUCCCAUAUACAGCACAAGUGCAAAAGACAUGCUAUUCUUAACGUGAUGAGGCCACGUUAUCAAUAACGGAAAUAAUGUUUACACAAACAUUUUAUUAAAUCCUCACAAAAUCCAGGUAUGUAUCAAUGCUAUUCUUUUCUUA